UUUACAUGCUAUGUGCAGUCACUAACGCUAGCUCGAGGUCGCGUUAACUAUUUUCAGUUUCUUUUUGUAAAGCUGAAUGGCAUGUAGUACAUGAUAUUUUGAUCUGUUUGGAAAAUAUAAAGCAUCAGGAUUGUGAUAAAACUAGAAUUGUUCUUCAGUUUAAGUUAUAUAGAGAUGGCAGUUCCAGUUGUGAGGAAGACUAAGCUACAAAACGCAACAUUGAAGGCCCCGGGGAUCUCGUAUGACAUGUGUCACAUGAACGAACGACUAAUCAUAGUAAUACCUGGGAAUGGAGUCGCAAGGCUUUAUGAUGACAACCUUAAUCCUGCGGAAGGACGCUACGAAACAGGAGUCAAGUCACCAAUGAAAUACACGUUUAACGUACCUAAUUCACAACUGAAUUAUGUGGCCCAAAUAAGCAAUGGAAAAGUCAUAUUCGCUACUGACAACAAGAAAAAACUUUUGAUUGUGAAAAACGUACAGGAUGGCGCCAAUGCUGACGAGGGUAGAGUGGAGGUCACGCUAAACUUCCUGAAAGAUCCCAGAGGUUUAGCUGUGUUUCCAGGUGGAACAAUUGAUGACUUCAGGCUUGCUAUAUGUGACUGCGUGGAAAACUGUGUAUUUGUAAUACGUUUUGUAAAUGGUAUCUAUGAUGGUGGGGUUCCUAUGGUCAUUGGAAAGGGAGAGCUCGCUUCACCUAAUUAUGUUGCAGUUCAACAACUUGGAAAUGAAGUAAGGCUGGUUGUUACCGAUUUGAUGAGAAAAGCUCUAUUUGUUUUCCAUGAGCAAGGUGCCAUACGUAAUACGGUUUAUUCCUGUGAUGGAGUAGAUCUAGACCGACCUCAUGGUAUUUGUAUCGAUAGGGGUGGCAGCAUAAUAUUUGCAGAUAGUGGUAACAACCGCGUUGUUCAGCUGAAUCCAGAUUGUACCUUCAACCGUGUUCUGCUCAACAAAGACAACGCACCUGACAUGAACGAGCCCUGCGGCAUUAUGAUAAAGCAGGAGACAGGCGAAGUAAUGGUAGGUGAUGCAAAAUGUGAUAUUUUCACUGUUCAGUACAGAGAAGCAAAUGAAAAUCUAUAAGAACAUCAAGAAAGUAUUGAGACAAUUUGAGAACAAAUGCUCGUAUACGAGUGGUGAUACAAAAGUAAUGGACACACUUUUAUGUAAGACAUAUAAAUAUUAUUCACGGAUAGCUAGGCAUGAAAUAUAUCCUUGCUAAUCAGAACACAGUAUAGCCACCCAAGAUAAGUGCUUAGGUAGGCCAAAAUGUUGACCUUGCAAAAAAGGAUCCUGUGUUUAGUGGUCAAAAUCUUCAGCUCCUUAUGUUUGAAAAGAAUUAAAGCACAUGGCUAAAUGAAUUGUGGGUAACUUAAUGCACUCGUGUAAUCUAAUAUAAACACUCGUGUCUGCUUACAAGGAUGUUUAAUAGCUACAUUUAUUCAGACGUGUAAUUUUUGGGAUGUGAAUUACUCUAUUAAGUACAUGUAAUUAUCAUAAUAUAAAUGUUGAAAUAUCACUAAUGUUUGUAGUUCAUUUGUAUGUGUAUGUAAUACAUAACUCAGCAAUUUCUUCUAGAUAUGAAUUACUCUCACCCUAAAACUAAUUUCUAGCAAUUCUUUGUAAUUAUUCCAAUCUUUAUUUUUGAAAGUAUCACUGAGCAUGAGAUUAUCUUUUGUAUUUUAUCUCACUGUAGAAUCUUGACUUUAUAUCAAACAAAGUUUGCUCAAAUAAAAUUCCCAGGAACGAUGUCGGAAAGCUAACUUACUUUCAAGGAUAAUGACCCCCUCCCCUCAUAACUGUUCAAA